UACCAUUUAAUUGCAUUCAACUUUAAAACAAGAGUCACUGUGGUUUCAACUUUAAACAUCGCCGUCACGCUUAAUCAAAAUCAAAAACAGCCUUCACCACCUCUUCCAACUCCCCCUCAAAUUCCCGUAGUGUAAAUUUUGUCAUCCUCGUCCCCCAAAAUCCCCUCCCAAAUUUUCGAUUUCAUCCAUCGCCGACCGUCAUAUCUUCCCCUCGAUAAAACUUCCCUAAUUCUCUACCCAUUAGGGUUCUUAAGUGGUGAUCCAAAUAAACCACAAUUCGAUCAAUAAAACCCUGAUUCACUUCCUACCCUUUUCAAUUCCAAUCAAACAAGAAAACCCCAGUUUUUCAGAUUUCGAAAAAAAGCUCACCUUUAAAAAUCUCACAUACUCUUCCGAAAUCCAGUCCCAAUUUCAAUUCAAUUAACGCAAAGGAAUUAUAAAAAUUCGCCAAUUACCCUUUUCAUCUUCAACCAAAAUAGCAAUAAUUAGAUAAUCAAAAUCCCAAAUUUAUCCUUCCACUGUUGAUGGGCACAAUUAGCUUUAACAGAGAACUCCCAAAACCCUCAACUUCUUCUUUUCCUUCGUCUUCUUCUUCUUCUACCUCCUCGACGUCUCUAACCGAGACGGUAAAUGGGUCCCAUCAGUUCAAGAUCAGCGGCUACUCCCUUGCCAAAGGCAUGGGAGUUGGCAAAUACAUAGCUUCAGAAACUUUUAUGGUUGGUGGCUACGAAUGGGCCAUUUAUUUCUACCCAGAUGGCAAGAGUGCUGAGGAUAAUGCUUCUUACGUUUCGCUUUUUAUUGCGCUGGCAAGUGAAGGAACGGAUGUAAGGGCGCUUUUUGAGUUGACCCUUUUGGACCAGAGUGGGAAAGGUCAUCACAAAGUGCAUAGCCAUUUUGGGAGGACGCUUGAGAGCGGGCCUUAUACGCUUAAGUAUCGUGGGAGCAUGUGGGGUUAUAAACGCUUUUUCAAAAGAACUCUUAUAGAGACGUCGGACUACCUUAGAGAUGAUUGCCUCUCAAUUUGCUGUUGUGUUGGUGUAGUUAAGUCAUAUACGGAGGGACCUAAAAUAUUUUCCAUUGUGAUGCCACCAUCUAAUCUUGGUCAGCAUUUUGGGAGGCUAUUACAAAGUGGUAAGGGAGCUGAUGUCAAAUUUGAAGUUGACGGUGAAAUAUUUGAUGCCCACAAGUUGGUUCUGGCUGCUCGUUCACCUGUAUUCAGGGCACAACUAUUUGGUCCAUUGAAGGAUCGUAACACGCAGUGUAUUAGAGUAGAAGAUAUGGAAGCCCCUAUUUUUAAGGCAUUACUACAUUUUAUUUACUGGGAUGACCUACCAGAUAUGGAAGAGCUUGUGGGUUCAACCUCUAAAUGGGCUUCUACACUUGUGGCUCAGCAUCUGCUGGCCGCUGCUGACCGUUAUGCAAUUGAGAGACUGAGAUUGCUCUGCGAGGCUAAACUUUGUGAGAGUGUUACAAUAAACACAGUUGCAACUACAUUAGCCUUGGCAGAACAGCACCACUGUUUGCAUUUGAAAGCUGUUUGUCUAAAAUUCGUUGCAUUGCCGGAAAAUUUAAGAGCUGUGAUGCAAACAGAUGGAUUUGAAUAUCUGAAGGAAAGCUGUCCAACUGUUCUUACUGAGCUGCUGCACUAUGUUGCGAGAAUUGGGGAGCACUCUGUUAUUGCGUGUGGAUAUCGAAAAGAAACUUCAUUUGAUGGUUGUGAUGUUAAUGGCCGACGAGUGAAACCAAGAUUACAGUGAUUUAGGGAAUGACAUACAGAUAUCUUUCGGUCAGUAAGAAAACUAAUAAAAGUGUGCUAAGAUAGGUUUAAUAAAAGUGUGCUAAGAUAGGUUUAGGCAUUUUUGGGUUGUACUAGCAUUUGGUCACUUCUAUGAAAAAUUUAAGUUUAAUGGCUCAUUCGGUUGUCAUACAAAGUUUUUAAGUUUGUACAGGCCUAGAUGCCCCAAUUCACGUUUGUAUGUAGAUUCAGAUCUUUGUGAUUAGCAUAUUGAGCAACAUUGAAAAGAUCAACCAUGAUAUAGAAACCAUUUAUCUUGGA